AUGGCGUUCAGACGGGCCCAGACUAUGGCCUUUGCUGUUAAUGAAAUUAACAGAAACCCCAAACUGCUUCCUAAUAUAUCUUUAGGAUACCAUCUUCAUAAUAGCUGUGGCAACCUAGGGAUCUCAUUACGUGCAGCUCUGUCUAUGACCAGUGGCAGAGGAGAGCCGUUUCAAUUAAAUGAGAACUGUAACGGGAAUCCUCCUGUGCUAGGAAUUGUGGGAGAUACUUCCUCAACACGUACAAUCGCUAUUUCUAGCAUAGUAAGCUUGUACAGAGUACCAAUGGUGAGUUAUUUUGCCACAUGCUCCUGUCUGAGUGACAGGAGGCUGUUCCCAUCAUUCUUUAGAACUAUUCCAAGUGAUGCCUUUCAGGUACGAGCUAUUCUCCAAAUUCUACGGCGGUUUAACUGGACUUGGUUUGGCCUGUUAAUCAGUGAUGACGACUACGGACUACACGCUGCCCGAUCUUUCCAGUCAGGCCUAACCCAGUCUGGGGGAGGCUGUCUGGCUUAUCUAGAGGUUCUGCCUUGGGGAAGAGAUGAAAACGAGCUCCAGAGGAUCGUUGGCAUAAUGAAGAAAUCCACAUCCCGUGUGGUUAUUGUUUUCUCACCUCAAAGCGACAUGCUUAAACUCAUGCAAGAGGUAGUGAGGCAGAAUGUUACAGGCCUGCAGUGGAUUGCCAGUGAAGCCUGGACUACAGCAAUUGUUCUUCAGACCCCCAGCUACAUGCCUUUUCUUGCAGGCACUCUGGGAAUUGCCAUCCGCCGGGGAGAGAUACCUGGACUGAGGGAAUACCUACUGCAAAUACGCCCUGACAUUGACACACUCAGCAGCCAGGAAAACAAUUUAGUAAAGCAGUUUUGGGAGCACGUAUUUCAGUGCAAGUUUGUAACCCCUGACAUGGAGUUUGAAGGGGAGACUCAAGAAAGACUAUGUACUGGCAAUGAGAGUCUAAGGAAUAUAAAGACUGAAUUCCUUGAUCUGUCUAACCUCAGGUCAGAGUAUAAUGUGUACAAGGCAGUUUAUGCCCUGGCACAUGCCCUACAUGACAUUCUGCAGUGUGUUCCAGGGAGUGGGCCUUUCCAAGGUCAAAGUUGUGCCAGUUUACAGGGACUAGAGCCAUGGCAGCUUGUAUAUCAAUUGCAAAGGGUCAAUUUCACUACAAAUUUUGGUGAUACAGUGUCAUUUGAUGAGAGUGGGGAUGCUUUACCAAUCUACGAUGUGAUAAACUGGAUGUGGCACUCAGAUGGAAGCACAGAAGUAAAAAAUGUGGGCGAGGUGAAUGAAUUGGCUUCAAAAAUCGAUAAUCUUAAUCUUGACGAAGACAAAAUCUUUUGGAAUUUCGAACCUAAAAAGCCUCCCAAGUCAGUGUGUAGUGAGAGCUGUCCCCCUGGCACCCGCAUGGCCAGAAAGAAAGGUGAACCUGUCUGCUGCUUCGACUGCAUUGCUUGUUCAGAAGGUGAAAUAAGCAAUAAAAAAGAGGAGUUUUGGUCCAACCACCAACGUGAUCACUGUGUACCCAAAAGCAUGGAGUUUCUUUCCUAUAUUGAACCCCUGGGCAUCUCCUUGACCACUGCUUCCUUAUCGGGAACGCUUUUAUGCACUAUUGUUUUUGGAAUAUUCACUUAUCAUCGUACAACACCAGUUGUUAGGGCCAACAACUCAGAGCUUAGCUUCCUCAUUCUGCUGUCACUCAAACUAUGCUUCUUGUGCUCCUUGCUUUUCAUUGGUCACCCAAGGCUGUCAACUUGUCAGUUGAGGCAAGCAGCCUUUGGGAUCAGCUUUGUGCUGUGUGUCUCGUGUAUCCUGGUGAAGACCAUGGUUGUUCUGGCGGUGUUCAAGGCAUCCAAACCAGGAGGUGGUGGUAGUCUGAAGUGGUUUGGGACAAUGCAACAGAGAGGGACUGUUGUAUUUCUGACUUUAAUACAAGCAGCAAUAUGUACAACCUGGCUUAUGUCAUCCUCACCAACUCCUCAUAAAAACACACAGUACUACAAAGACAAGAUAAUAGUUGAGUGUGUAAUUGGGUCAACAGUUGGUUUUGGAGUUUUACUAGGAUAUAUUGGCUUAUUGGCCAUUCUCAGUUUCUUACUUGCUUUCUUGGCCCGGAAUCUACCAGAUAACUUCAAUGAGGCCAAGUUUAUCACCUUCAGCAUGUUGGUCUUCUGUGCUGUUUGGAUAGCAUUCAUCCCAGCUUAUAUCAACUCCCCUGGAAAAUAUGCAGAUGCUGUAGAGGUAUUCGCCAUUCUAGCUUCCAGUUUUGGGCUGUUACUGGCCCUAUUUGGACCAAAGUGUUACAUUAUUAUCCUGAAGCCUGAGAAAAACACAAAAAAAGCUUUAAUGGGACGAGGCACAUCAAUGUCAUAA